CUUGGUGAAACACUAUAAAUUUAAUAUUAAAAUGAAUAAGUUAACAAAAUAUUUGUAUUUGGCUUUGGUCGCUUUGAUAUUAUUUGAUUUUGUUCAUUCUUAUGAUUCGGAUGAGGAAAAAAAUGAAUUUGUAAAAAUGGUUGAAAAGUUGCGCAAACAUAACGAAGACAAAAAACUCGAUGCUAAUAAAGUCGAUGAAAAACUUAUAGAAUGUGCAAAAGCGCAUAUAGGACAUUCUACGUGGGUAAAGAUAUAUGUUAAGUACGCAAUUUUUGAGAAUGUAGAUCCUAUGGACACUAUACAGUAUUUAAUGAAGGAAUCAAGUUCGUGGAUGAAUGUGGAUGGUUGGCAUAACUGCAUUUAUUGCAUUGCAAACGGUUUGGGAAUUUAUAAGAACUAAUUUCCAUUUUAAGUGUGUGAAAUAAAUA